AUGUUUUCAAAAAGUAUUGUAAUUAUUUUGGGUUGCGUCAUUUCAGGAAUACUGGCCGCGCCAGCCGAAGUCCCUCCGGAAAAAUUGCAACCCACUGUUAUUCCGAUAGUGGCACAAUCAGAUGAGCUGGAAGCCAAUGGAACUUACAAAUUCAGUUAUGAGACUGGCAACGGCAUCAUUCGUGAAGAGACUGCAUAUGAAAAAGUCUUACCCAGUGCACGUGAUGCAAGUAGCAGUGAAGGGGGUGAAGAUGAUGAGGGUGACAGCAAUGAGAUUCAUGUUCAACGCGGUUCUUACUCCUACACAGCCCCCGAUGGAACUGUUAUUAGUGUGAGCUACAUUGCUGAUGAAAAUGGAUUCCAACCAAUUGGUGAUCACCUGCCAAGAUCUCCAGUACUGGCAUUAAAUUCUAAUUCUGCUGAGAAAUUAGGCCGUUCACUAAAAAUAGCAGACAGUUCUGAAUCAGCAUCAGCUACAGCUAAAGUUGUCAAAAAACCUACUGAGUCUGCUAAUCAGAAUACCAAAGAAAAUUCUGGUCCUGUUCCAACUAAUUUUGAAGAUAAACAAGAUGAAUCCAAACCAAGAUCUGCAUCCAUUUCCGAAGUUGAAGAUGCUAAGACCGAAUCUAUUUCUGCGUCAACAACAGAAGAGAAUACGUUAAAUUCUGUCUCAAGUUCUGCUACCGAGCAAAACGAGCCUACGUCUUUACCUAUCGAGGUUGCUCCAGAGGCUGAAGAUAAAUUGGGUGUUUCAAAUACCGAACCAGCAGCGGAAGCUAAAUCAGCGGUGCUAGAUGAGCAAUCCAUGACCGAAGCACAGGUUAUUACUGCAGGCACAACUGAAAGUAGUGAAGAUAAAAUAAAUGUAGAUGUGAGUACUGAAGCAGCUUCAACAGCAGCGUCUGCUCAGUCAACGACUGAAUCCGAACAGGGUUCUACCGCUUUAACAUAUCAAGCUUCUACUUCUACACCAGAAUCUUCAACUUCUAGUGAAGUAUCUGAACAGACAUCUUCUACUUCAGCUCCUGAGUCAACGAGUUCGAGUGAAGUCGUCGGACAGUCAACAUCUACGGAAGCUGCUAAUCAAUCUCCUACGGAAGAAACCGGACUAUCUUCAGCACAUACCACUGAAUCUUCUACAACUGAACAGCCAACCACUCCAAUCGCAGCUUAG